UUAUAUUCCAUAAACCAAAACCCGGAUUAGACACGGUUACCAAGUUGAAAAAAAAACAUUUUUUGCAGGCACUUUCUCGAUCUAGGAUAAAAAGCUUGCCCAUCAUACCUUUCAAAAGCCCCGCCACCUUCUUCUUCAACACUUGCACAGAGAGAAAAAGACUUCACUUUUUUUUUUCUUUCUUUCUUCUUACAAUAACAUGAAGGUCCAGGCUUCGUCUCCUCAAGACAACCAACCAUCAAAUACGACCAACAACACUAACAGUACCGACAAUACUACUAAUCAGUUACCAUCGAUGGACGAACAUGUGAUGCGUUCCAUGGACUGGGAUUCGAUCAUGAAGGAGCUGGAGCUAGACGAUGAUUCCACACCUAACCCCUUGAAGACAGAGUUCACAACCACAGAGUCCGCAAUAGGACCACUCUACGCCGUCGAUUCCAACCUCCCUGGCUUCCCCGAUCAGAUCCAACCGUCUGAUUUCGACUCAUCCGAUGUUUACCCCGGUCAAAACCAAACCUCCGGUUACGCUUUCAAUUCUCUCGACAGCGUCGACAAUGGAGGCUUCGAUUUCAUCGAAGACCUCAUCCGAGUCGUGGACUGCGUCGAAUCGGACGAGUUACAGCUCGCUCAGGUGAUAUUAUCACGGCUCAACCAACGCCUGAGGUCUCCGACGGGCAGACCGUUACAGAGGGCAGCGUUUUACUUCAAGGAAGCACUCGGUUCGCUUUUAACCGGAUCGAACCGAAACCAAACCCGUUUAUUAUCAUCUUGGACCGAGAUCGUUCAGAAGAUACGAGCGGUUAAGGAGUUCUCCGGUAUAUCCCCGAUCCCUCUCUUCUCUCACUUCACCGCGAACCAAGCGAUCCUCGACUCCCUGAGCUCGCAACAGUCGUCUUCCCCGUUCGUCCACGUGGUGGACUUCGACAUCGGGUUCGGCGGCCAGUACGCGUCGCUCAUGAGGGAGAUCGCCGAGAAAUCGAUAAGCAGCGGGUUUCUACGAGUCACGGCGGUGGUGGCGGAGGAGUGCGCCGUCGAGACGCGGCUGGUGAAGGAGAAUCUGACUCAGUUCGCGGCGGAGAUGAAGAUCCGGUUCCAGAUCGAGUUCGUUCUGGCGAAGACGUUCGAGAUGCUGUCUUUCAAGGCGAUCAGGUUCGUCGACGGAGAGAGAACCGUCGUUCUGAUAUCUCCGGCGAUAUUCCGACGUCUGAGCGGAAUCGGAGAUUUCGUUAAUAAUCUGCGGAGAGUCUCGCCGAAGGUCGUCAUCUUCGUCGACGGCGAAGGAUGGACGGAGAUCGCCGGAGCCGGAUCGUUCCGGCGGGAGUUCGUCGCCGCUCUCGAGUUCUACACGAUGGUGCUGGAGUCCCUCGACGCCGCGGCUCCUCCGGGGGAUCUGGUGAAGAAGAUCGUGGAGGCGUUUGUUCUGCGACCGAAGAUCGCCGCGGCGGUGGAGACGGCGGCUGAUAGGAGAAACGCGGGAGAGAUGACGUGGAGGGAAGCGUUCUGCGGCGCGGGGAUGAGGUCGAUACAGCUGAGCCAGUUCGCGGUGUUUCAGGCAGAGUGUUUGCUGGAGAAGGCGCAGGUGAGAGGAUUCCACGUGGCGAAACGGCAGGAGGAGUUGGUGCUGUGCUGGCAUGGGAGGGCGCUGGUUGCGACGUCGGCUUGGAGGUUUUAAAAGGAUGAACCGUAAAUGGUUUGUUAGGUUUAGAGUGGGUUUGGUUUAACAAAAAUGAUAUAAUAGAAUCAAAUUGUAUCUACUACGCCUUCAAUAUUUUUCGGUUUAUCCCUGUUUUUCAAUCUUUUUUUGGUUGGUGUUUCUAAUUUAAAUAAGGAAAUAAAAUAGUUUCUUACGAAGUC